GAUGGCGGCGAAGCCGGAGCGGACUCCGCGCAUGCGCAAGAGGCUGAGGGCAGGCGAGCGGCGGGAAACCGCCAUGGCGGAGGCACCGGCGGGACCCGGCGGCUCCCCCGGCCCGGCCGCUGUCCCGUCCCCGCGGGGCUCAGCCGGGCCACAGGAGGACGAGCGAUGCGCCGGCGGACCCAGCCCUGGGACCGGAGGGGGCGCGCCAGAUCCGCACUCGGCGGAGAAGGCAGCGGAUGCUGAGCCCUUUUCGAAGCCUCCCGCCAACAAAAAGGGAACGCCCGGCUCCUCCAGCAGGAAAAAAAGAGCCCCGAGCAGCCCCAGGAAGGAGCAGCCGCUGAGUUCCUUCAGUUUGUCCCCGAUUGUCGCCACCCCUCAGGGCAAGCGCCGCUCCUGGCGCCGCUCCAGCCUCAAGGGGAGGCGAUCCCGCCGCAAAUCGCUGCCCCCCGUGCACCACGAAGUGACCGAACUGAGCCAAUCCAUCAGCCUGGAGCUUCCCGAAAUCCAGCGCCUCUCCUCCCUCCUCCUCUCCAGCUUCCAGUUUUCUGCCCGGAAGUUGCAGCAGAUCCUGGAGGAAUCCGAAGGAUUCGACCCCGAGGCUUUCGCUGCCAAAGUCCGGGUGGGCUCCGAGGAAUUCCAGCGGCUGCUCCAGAGGCUGCUCCAGGACGGGACCCUCGGGAGCUGCCUGGAGCUGCCCCCAGGGGACCCCCUGGACCCGGCCCUGGAGGGAAACGUGGCCCAGGUGAAGCAGCUGAUGGGCAGCUUCUCCCGGGAGCUCCAGGCCUGGGAGCUGCUCCUGCAGCGGCACCGCCGCCGCUCCCAGGAGGCCUCCAGGGACCUGGAGCUGCUCCGAGCCGGGAGCCUCCCCCAGCCCCCCCCCGCCGCCCCCAGCCCCCAAAUCCUCCAAAUCCUGCGCUCCAAACCCGACUACGGCCAAAUCCUGGCCCAGCAGGGCCCGCUCCUGAAAUCCCUGCGGCUCCUGGUGGAGGAGGUGCAGCAGGCGGCCAAGUUGGUGAUGGGGUUCGGCGAGGAGAGCAGCGGCUUCCUGAGGGGUCUCUCGGAGCAGCUCGCCUCCAGGGCGUUCCGGAAGCUGCAGGAAUCCCCCGUGCGGAGGCUGCUGGAGAGGAAGCCCCAAAAGGCGCUGCCGGCGGAGGGGGAAUAAUAAAAAGGAUCCCAAAAUC